GUAUGGUACUGGAGACUGAAAAAAAAAAAAACCUCUAUUUCUCUGUCUCCAUUUUGCUUUAAUUAUAUUCGUUUUGAUUCUUUUUUCCUGUUCCCAAACUUUUUUUUUAAUGAAAGUCGUUUCUCCGGCGUAGUUAAUCCUGCCGGAGUCUUGAACUGUUUGAAGAAAUUCUGAAAAAGAAAGGAAAUGUCAGUGUACGACGCGGCAUUUGUUAACACGGAGCUAUCAAAGCCGACGUCGAUAUUCGGGUUAAGAUUAUGGGUGGUGAUCGGUAUUCUACUUGGUUCACUCAUAGUCUUGACUCUGUUUCUUCUCUCACUUUGCCUCACAACACGCCGCAAAUCUCGUAGACAUCAACACCUGGACCCCACGCCGCCAAUCUCCAAAGAGAUCCAAGAAAUAGUCCAUCACCCUCCCGCACCAGAUCACCACCAUGCCGCCCCGCCGGUACCGGAGAUUCAAGUUGACUUGGGAAAAGUGGAACACAGGGUGGUGUUCUCCAGUGGGGAAAGCAGAGGGCCGACGAGUGCCGCUGCUAGUGUGAGCGAGACGGCGUCGUUUGGGAGUGGAAGUGUGGGUCCGGAAGUGUCUCAUCUUGGGUGGGGAAGAUGGUAUACUUUGAGGGAACUUGAAUUAGCUACCAAUGGAUUGUGUGAAGAGAAUGUGAUUGGGGAAGGUGGCUAUGGAAUUGUUUAUAGUGGCGUUUUAACUGAUGGAGCUAAAGUUGCUGUUAAGAAUUUGCUUAAUAACAGGGGUCAAGCUGAGAAGGAAUUUAAGGUGGAGGUGGAAGCAAUUGGGCGUGUAAGGCACAAGAAUCUUGUAAGAUUGCUUGGAUACUGUGUUGAAGGUGCAUAUAGGAUGCUUGUAUAUGAGUAUGUUGACAAUGGGAAUCUGGAACAGUGGGUCCAUGGGGAUGUUGGGGAUGUCAGUCCUCUUACAUGGGAGAUACGAAUGAAUAUCAUAGUGGGAACAGCCAAAGGUUUAGCCUACCUUCAUGAGGGUCUUGAACCGAAGGUUGUCCAUCGGGAUGUAAAAUCCAGCAACAUCCUACUUGAUCGCCAGUGGAACCCCAAAGUUUCUGAUUUUGGGCUUGCUAAACUCCUGUGUUCUGAAAAUAGUUAUGUGACAACUCGUGUGAUGGGAACUUUUGGUUAUGUUGCUCCAGAAUAUGCUUGUACUGGAAUGCUGAAUGAGAAGAGUGAUGUGUAUAGCUUUGGUAUACUUAUUAUGGAGAUUAUUUCCGGGAGAAGCCCUGUUGACUAUAGCCGUCCUCCAGGAGAGGUGAAUUUGGUGGAGUGGUUAAAAACCAUGGUUGGAAACCGGAAAUCUGAGGAAGUAGUUGACCCUAAGUUACCCGAGAUGCCUGCUUCAAAAGCACUUAAACGUGUACUGCUGGUUGCUCUUAAAUGCGUUGAUCCUGAUGCGACAAAGAGGCCAAAAAUGGGGCAUAUUAUCCACAUGCUUGAGGCUGAUGAUCUGCUCUUCCGUGAUGAACGUCGGAUUGCAAGAGAACAAUCCAACUCUCGUUCUGAUGAUCAUCUAAUGAACCGCAACUCUACAAAAGUAGGUGAAAGACGAUUCGAUGGGGCCUCUGCUUCUGAUACAAGUGAAGGGGAUAGUGGGAGGAACUAUCACCAGCCAAGUAGGUGGAGAUAAUACUAUCAACAACAUUAGGUGACUAACAACUUUAAAGUCCCUUUUUAAGUUUUUGGAGUCUUUUUUAUUAAUUAAUUAAUUUAUUUUUCUAUUAGUUCCCCGGUAUUGGUGUUGUAUCUCCAAUUACGAGAAGAAAACAAUAAUCUGGCAUUUAUUUUAUGUUUGCUUUACAUGUAUGAAUAUGGACGAACCCAUAAAUUCUUAUACCCAUUGUAAUUCAAUGUCUUUGUUAGGAUCACAAGAAAAAAGUUAUAUUUUCAUCUA